UUCAAGUACUGAACAAAAAUGUUUAACAAGUUCAUGAGUACUUCUAUUCUUCUUCGACUCGGCUUGAAUCUCUUCAUCUUCAGCAUUUUCAUCCUUCACCCAUUACCAACAAAUGCAGUCACUUACAAUGUCCAAAAUUUUGGAGCGAAACCUGAUGGAGGAAAAACUUCAUCCACGAAAUCACUACUCAAAGCAUGGGAUAUUGCUUGUAAAUCAGUCAAACCUUCGACGAUUUACGUUCCUCCUGGAACGUAUUUGAUUAACCAAGUAGUAUUCAGUGGUCCAUGUAAAAGUAAAAUCACAUUUCAAAUUGAUGGUACACUAGUUGCACCAACGAAUUAUUACGGUGUCGGUAACACUGGUAGCUGGAUACUUUUCAAUUCUGUCACCGGUCUGACAGUUCUCGGUGGGACUAUUGACGCUCAUGGUUCUGGAUACUGGGCAUGUAAACGUUCUGGGCGGAAUUGCCCCCAAAGUGCUAGGUCGAUGUUGUUUACUGGUUCAAAGAAUAUCGUAAUCAAUGGUUUAACAUCAAUUGACAGCCAGCAAGCUCACCUCUCCUUCAAUGGGUGCGACAAUGUGAUGAUGAAAAAUUUGAAGAUUAUCGCACCUGAAGAUAGCCCAAACACAGACGGUAUCCACGUUCAAAUGUCGAAUGAUGUAACCAUAACAGAUUCUAGUAUCCAGACUGGUGAUGAUUGUGUAUCAAUCGGUCCAGGGGCUAAAACCAUACUGUUCAAACGCAUAGAAUGUGGACCUGGCCAUGGUAUAAGUAUUGGGAGUUUGGCGAGGGACUUGAACGAAGAAGGGGUGCAAGAUAUUACAGUGAAAAACGUAACAUUCAGCAAAUCACAAAACGGUUUAAGGAUCAAAACAUGGGCAAGACCAAGCAAUGGUUUUGUAAAAAACGUUCUUUAUCAAAAUAUUGUAAUGAAUGAUGUCCUGAACCCUAUUAUCAUUGAUCAAAACUACUGUCCUGGCGAUAAAGGGUGCCCCAAUCAGAACUCGGGUGUCAAAAUCAGUGGGGUGACAUACCAAAAUAUUCGAGGAACAUCAGCAUCACCUGUUGCUAUAAAAUUUGGAUGCAGCCCUACAACCCCAUGCAGCGGGAUCAAGUUGCAGAGCGUAAAGCUCAUCAACUUUGAUCAUAAACCGGCGCAAUCUGUGUGUUUAAAUGCUGGUGGAACAGCUCUAGGAUUAGUCAGUCCAAGAAGCUGUUUGUAAUCUUAUUUUUGUAUAUGAUUCCAGGGCUUGACAGUUGACACGAUUUGAGGCUUCAAAACAUUGAGCCCAACCGGGUUAGCAGCAGUACCCUUGAAUGGCAUUCACUCUUCUCAGCCAAAACUCUAUAAGAAGUAAAAGGGAUAUUAUCGAUUUCUCGCAUUUCGGUGAACAUAGAAAUAUGAUUCCAUUCACAUCUAAUGAACACAUUUAUAACCACAGUCUAUAACUUAUCUGUAAUAGAAAAAUAAACAAAGACGCAUGUACACGAAGUGUAGAUGUAAAUUGCAUCUGAAUCCAUAAAGACAAUGAAAACCAUUAAAGUCCUUUGUAUCCCACCAGAUACUGUAAAAGCUGCUGCAAACAUAACUGUGGCAAUUAAGACUAACACGAUUAUCAUUAUAGGUUGAUAAUGGUUCGGUCUUGUCACCAAAGAAGCUCCGGAUAUGUCUUUCAUCCAUGUCUCUCCUUUCUCCUUGAUUGGUUAUGUUCUUGUGUGAGUCAUGUAUCCACGGGUAGAAGUCAUGACACAAAUGCAAGAUAACAUUUCUGGUCUACAUGACAUUCUUAUGGUUAUCAUAACGACGACAAUUGUUAAGAACAUAAUCGCGAAUCCGGAUCUGAUCACCUCCACCCCCAAACAUCAGAUAUACUAACAUCGCCCUAAGAGAUUAUAAAUCGCAGGAUCUUAGAAUGCCAAACAAUGUGGGACUAAUAAUCUCAACACGCCCCCUCGGGUAAGGGGGAGUAAAGGUGCGGUCGA